UCUACAAAAUUCAAAAUCCAUGAUCAAUAAAUUCAUAAAAUAAGGAAAGAAUCCAACUUCCUUCUCAAUCUCAUAAAUGGAAAUGUACUCUUGCACAUCAUAUCUAACAAUGGCUACUUCAUCAUCGAUUUUGUAUAAUUUGGGUGAAAAAUUUCGUGAUACGCUUACUUUUGCUGUUUCUGUUACUCUUGGAACUCUUUUCUCUGCCUUCUUCACCUUCUGUUUUGCUUUAGUUGGGACAGUGUUGGGAGCCAUGACUGGAGCAUUGAUUGGACAAGAGACAGAGAGUGGAUUUGUAAGAGGAGCUGCCAUUGGAGCUAUUUCUGGUGCAGUUUUUUCAAUUGAGGUCUUUGAAUCUUCAGUUGUUCUUUGGCAGUCAGAUGAAUCUGGUAUUGGCUGUCUUCUCUACCUGAUUGAUGUAAUCAUGAGCCUGUUGAGUGGUAGGCUUGUUCGUGAGCGAAUCGGUCCAGCAAUGCUCAGUGCAGUACAGAGUCAGAUGGGUGCUGUCGAAACAAACUUUGAGGAAGCGACAAAUCUAUUCGACACAGGAGAGGUGAAGGGCUUACCGGGUGAUUUAGUAAACAAGAUACCAAAGAUUAUGAUCACCAAAACGAACAAUAUCGAUGCUUCAGGGGAGCGAACCUCCUGUUCUGUUUGCCUUCUGGAUUUCAGAAUCGGAGAAACAGUUCGAUGUUUACCUCAAUGCCACCAUAUGUUUCACCUUCCCUGCAUCGAUAAGUGGUUGUUGAGGCAUGGUUCCUGCCCUUUGUGUAGAAGGGAUAUGUAAAUGUUUUUAAAUUCUUGUGUAGAUUUUGAUCCCUCUUAUCUUACUACAUUUACUUGUUAAGGUGCUGUUUUUUGUUGAUUAUAUACCUCUAAAACAGCCUCAGAUAGAGAUUAGUUAUAUGCAUAGUUUAGUAUAUAGUUUAUGCCUAUUUGUUUAUGGCAUUGUUGCAAUUGAGUUUUAGUGAUCAUGUAUAAAAAUUUUGAGAGUUGAUCCAGCUCUUACUUUCCUAUGGUAGUUUUGAUCUAUAAUUUGGGCUCUUG